AUGGCAACACAGUCUCAAUCACCGUCAACACGGACAACAAAUGAAGAACAAUAUGACAGACUUGAUUGUUUACGGGUACGUUUGGCUGAUCUGAAUUUGAAAGAUCUGGUACCAAUCCUUGUUGCACGACGUGUACUUCAAAGUCAAGAAAUGGGUGCUGUUUAUUCAAGGGAACAUCAAGCUGAGCAGGUCGACAAGUUAAUUGAAAUUCUAAAGACCAAGCAUCACUGGAUGGGGCCGUUGAUUGAUGCAUUAAUACGAUGCGGACAGGGUGCGAUCGCCAAAGAAAUAUUAAAUAUUAAUGAUCAAUCCGCUCAAAAUACAUUAUGA